GGCCAACCGACAAUGAUGCGGCGGUCAAAGCUGAAGGUGCAGAGCAUGGUGACGACACAGGCAGAGUGGGAGGAGGCCUUGACCUUUGAUGGUCUUCUUGUGGUGGAUGUUGCUGGAUGGGCUGGACCGUGCGGGGCGCUGGAGCGGACGUAUCGCAAGCUGUUUGUGGAUCUGGGUAAUGAGGGUGUGCGGUUUGUGACGGCGAUGGCGAGCGGCAUUGAGGAGCUUGCCGAGUUUGAGUCGCAGUCGCAGCCGACGGUGCUGAUGUUCAAGCGCGGGCGGCAGUUUGCGACGAUCCGUGGAGCACGGGCGGCCGAGGUGGAGGAGACGGUCGAGGUGUACCAGCCCAAGGAAGGCGAUGCCGAUGUGGAGCCCGAGUACGGUGCGCCGCACCUCUCGCUGCGGCAGCAGGCCGAGGCCAAGCAGCUUGCUGAGGCUGCCAAGAACGCACCGGUGGUGGUGGUGGCGGACGAAGACGAGGAGGAAGCCAAGGCACAUGCAGCAGCGACCAAGAUCCAGGCCGUCUUCCGCGGGCACAAGGUCCGGACUGGGGCGGAGCCGCUGGACGGCGACGCGUUGGUGGGAUCGGCGGCAGGAGCAGCGGUCGUGCCGGGCACUGAUAGCGCGGACGCGGGUGGCGAGGACGAGGCUGAGGGUGAGGCCGCGGCGGUGGGAGCAGAUGCAGGCGCAGCAGGCGGCGAGAACGCGGAGCCCAACGCCGAGGCCGGCGAGGCGAGCGAGGCGAACGGGCUGAGCGCGAGUGAGGCGCGGGCCUUCCUCAGCAGCGCCAAGCCGAUGCUCGGGCUUGUGGCCAACGACAAGACCAAGCAGGUGCUGGUGACGGACGUCAAGGCGGGGUCGCCAGCCGAGGCGGCCGGGAUUGUGGUGGGCGACAUCAUCGAGGGAGUGGGCGGCAAGGCGGUGAAGUCGAUGAAGGCGCUCUCGGCUUCGUUCCGGUUUGUCUUCCCCGGCGCCGUGACCAAGUUCCGCAUUCUCCGCAAGUCCGAGGCAGGGCGGACGCACGUGGUGACCAAGGGCAAGCGACUGGCCAUGCCUGUUGUCAUCGGGGCCAAGGGGCUGAAGAUGCCUGAGCUGGACGAGUAUGUCGCCGCAGCCGGGAGCGAGUGGGGACACAUGCUGGUGGCGACGGUGGCCGAGUUGAGCAUGACGGGAGAUACGCUGAGCAAGGCACAGGGAGUGGUGGGAGGAGCAUCGGCAUUGUUUGACAAGACACCAUCGUUUGUGGCAUCAUCUGUUUGGAUGGAUGAAAUCAAGGGCUCAAGCAAGGCCUUUCAUGAAUGGCACUACAUCACGUUGCCGUACAAUCCGAGCUCGUUUGAACCGGUGCCGGCGACACCGGUGCCGAAUGCGGUGACGGCUCUGGCGGAUGCUCUUGCUACUCUGAGCAAGGCAUCAGCAGAUCGUUGGACGCUUGCCUUUGCUAUGAGAGUCCUUACUCAUAUCGUCGGUGAUUUGCAUCAGCCUUGUCACUGCUGCUCGCUCUUCUCGGCUACUUUCCCCGAUGGCGAUCGUGGCGGCAACUCGUUCUCGGUGCAGUACGAUGGCAAGACGACCAAUCUGCACUCGCUCUUUGACUCGGUCUUUUACUCGUACGACACGUCGUACUCGCUUCCGCUCUCAGAGGCUGACCUCAAGACGCUCGAGGGCAAGGCGCAGGAGCUCAUCGAGACCUGGCAGCCGACGCUGACCAUCAACGAGCUCGACGAGCUCGAUCCUGCCGUCUGGGCGCCUGUCUGCCACGACAACGCCGUCAAGUACGCGUACCUCAACGGGUCGAUUGUGCCCGGUGACGAGUACCCGGAAGCGGCGGCCAAGAACGCGGUCGACUUUUUGCACCGCAACAUUGUGCUAGGCGGGAUGCGGCUUGCGCGGAUCCUCGACCAGAAGAUGGCCAUGCACAGCCUGCCGCCGCCACCGCCGCCACCGUCGCCGCCGCCGCCGUCGCCGGCGCUUCCACCGCCACCGCCGUCGCCCAUCGCGCCGGUCCCACCGCCCCCCAAGGCCUCCACUGUCUCGGUCGCCUUGUUCUCUGUCGGCGUCAUCGCUGCGCUUAUCUUUGGCGUUGUCGGCGGCAUCCUCGGCUUUGUCACCAUCUCCGCCCGUCGGGCCGCCUACGCGCAGCUCUCCGACGCCACGCCGUUGACGGCCACCUGAUGGGUAAAAGCGGACCAGUUUGGUA